CCGUUCCUUGUUACUUGUGUUUUAAGUUCGAUUACGAUACGUUCGCGGUUGGGAAAGAGUGCUUUGCUUCAAGAAAUAGACAUUCUGAUUGCAAGGACCAAAUAUGAAAUUAGUGAUAGUGUUGAGUGUGGUAGUGGUGGCUUUAGCCGCACCAGAAGGAUAUCAUUACGAUCGACCGGAGGUUAGCAGCACUCUUUAUUUCCCUUCGUUUCCAAGUUAUGCACCGGAAAUUGAUGAUUGUGUAGAACCAGAAGCUCACGGAAACGUAGAAUACCAGCAUCAGCUGCCAAUUUUAUCGCAAGUGCAACAAACAUCGCAUGUGUAUCAAGCUCCAGUUGUUCAACCAUUGAAAACCCAAGUGACUUACGAAAAGCAGCAAGUGCUGCAGGUGCAGCAUCAACCACAAGUUGUCGAUGCAGGAUCAUGGAAAGCACAGGAACAGCAGGCUUCUGUUUGGGGAUCUUCUGGAAGCGGUCAUCAGCAAGAACAGCAGAUUGCGAGCUGGGGAUCUUCCGGUAGCGGUCAUCAGCAAGAACAGCAGAUUUCAAGCUGGGGAUCUUCUGGCAGCGGUCAUCAGCAGGAACAGCAAGCUUCCCUGUGGGGAUCUUCAAGUGCCCAACAGUCUCUUGGCUCUGCUUCUUGGAGCUCUGGAGAGAAAAAACAGGCCAGUGUUUGGGUAAAGCCUCAGCAUACGGUCGAAGAAGUCUUCAAGCAUGUCUACGUUCAUAUUCCACCAGAGGAUAAGGAAGAAUACGAAUCCCCACGAGUCAUUCAACCAGUUUCGCACAAGCAGAAGCACUACAAGAUAAUCUUCAUCAAGGCUCCAAGUCCACCAGCUCCAAAAUCCGUUGUCGUUCCCCCACAGCCUUCCAACGAAGAGAAGACCAUUGUUUACGUGCUGCACCAGAAACCUGAACACCAGCAAGAAGUUAUCGUUCAAAAGCCGGAACCUACCAAGCAGAACAAACCCGAAGUCUUCUUCAUCAAAUACAAGAACCGGAAGGAAGAACAGAAACAGGUCAAAUAUGUCGCCCCAGUCGUUGCUACAAAGUCGGUGAAGGUCGUCGAUAGCGGUUCCAUCGGAUACUCGUCUGGUUCCGCCGGAUCUAAAUAUUCUUUUGAGAGCAGUACUUUGGCGCCAGCUUCCUACAGUACCACUGGCUCGAAAAACACCGGUGCCAGCUACUCGUACGUCAGCAGCACUCCUGCUCCAGCCAUCUAUAGUAGCCCACAAACUGUUCAAUACGUCGAAACGGGAUCCAACGGAUACUCAGGUUCAUCCAGCAGCGGCAGUAGCAGCGGCAGCGAAGGAUACCAAUAUUCAAACCUCGGAAACACCGGAUCCAGCUACAGUUCCUUCACCAACGGUGCUGGAGCCGGAUACGAAAGCUACGUCGAUCUCGGAAACAGUGGAUACUCCAGCUACUCCAACGGAGGAAGCCUCGGAAUUAUCAACGCCGAUUCCCACAGUGACUAUCAAUUUGUGCCAAGCACCACCCUGGCUCCGGUUGUCAAAGUUACAACCCCGGCCGUUUCCUAUGUGAGCUCUACUCAACACAGCGUCGUCGGUAGCACCCAAGGCGAUAUCUCAGUCAAGAACCCCGGUCUCAGCGGCUACUCCAGUAGAACCAGCGGUAGCCACAGCCAAGCUAGCUCCACUACCGCUGCUCCGGCCAAGAAAGUUUGCCGCCGAUGUGCCAGCACCACUAGCUCUACGCUUAACGUCCAAGAUGCGUACGUUUCUAGCGUAUAUUAAGGAAAUGUUUAGUAACCAUUUUUUCUAGUAAGUUGAUUCAAUAAAUCGUUUAGCUAAUAAAGAAGCCUUAGUUACAUAA